AUGAUUCAAGCUUGUCCACCUAAGGGAGAGAGAGGAGUUGCAGGAGAGAAGGGACCCCCAGGAGUGAAAGGAGUGAGAGGGCCUCAAGGAGAAAUGGGACCACCUGGAAGAGAAGGCGAUGUAGGAUUGCCAGGUAUGCCUGGACCGAGAGGACCGAUGGGACCGCAGGGUGAGCGAGGAGUUGAAGGAGAUCCAGGACCACCAGGGAGAGCUGCUGCUGGACGAUGA